AUGAUUCUUUUGCAGACACGCCGAGAUCGAGAUGCUUUCGGCCAUUUUCCACUUGGGGGUCGCGGCACACCCUGCAUGCACAGGUGUGCCUUCAGUUCGCGAGUGGAUGACACGACCUCUCCGAUCCGGCUGGGUCUGUGCUAUCCACCACGUAUUCGCGUGAAGGACCACAGACCCAUAUGGGCGGUCGUGGUCCAAGUCGAGCAGUGA